UGGUAGAGUUCAGUGGAGUAUAGGAAGAAGCAGCAGCAGCCAUUUUAGCUGCACAGGACACUGAUUUCCCCUCAAGCAUGGAGCACAGGCAAGCUGACAGUUAACCACCAGCUUACAGCACAUCUCUACCAGGCUGGCUGUGGAAGUACAGGUGCCAUGGUGACGCUGAAUCACUUGAGUGUGGAGGACCCAGACGAUGGCUCUCCACUGCUGCCCGAGGCUGCGGAGGCUGCAAUACCAACGCCUGUCUUUCACAGACAGCGAGUGAUCACAAAGACUGACUCCAGGGACUUUUUCCUCAGCAGGAGUGAGAACCUUGCCUUCAGUCUGGUGCUGCUGAUCGGAUGCUACUCGGCUAUUCUGAUCCCUGCAUAUCUCCCCUUGGAUAAAGCGGCAGCUCUCAGUGAUGACAACCAACAUCCCAAAGAUCUUGUCUUGCUGAAUCGGUCAGCCACCCUGCUGUCAGGCCCCUGUCAGCCUCGCUGGUGUCUGAACCACCUCAAGCCCCUGUCCUGUUCUGCAGGCCUCCUGGACAUCCCUGUGUUUGUGCAGAAGGACAGGCCCGUGCCCUGGGAUCUGUCCCCUCCUCUGGGGCUCCAGGGCAGCGAAGAGCAUCUGGCCCUGGCUCUUGCAUCUCUGCCUCAGCCUGGUCUGCCUCCAUUGCUGAGGAGCGAGGGCGGCUGCAGGCGAUGUGUGGUGGUGGGCAACGGAGGGGUUCUUCAUGGGAGCCAUCUCGGCUCCCAUAUAGAUCAGUAUGACAUCAUUAUCAGGCUGAAUAACGCUCCAGUGCCUGGUUUUGAAAGAGACGCCGGUUCUCGCACCACCAUCCGCCUGAUGUACCCAGAGGGAGCACCUCACUCCGCGAACGAGUACAAAAAGACCACAAUGGUUGCUCUGGUGGUCUUCAAGAGCCUGGACCUGGACUGGCUCACUUCUGUCAUCACCAAGCAGCCUCUGAGCUUCUGGUCCAAAAUGUGGUUCUGGAGGGAGGUGGUGGAUAAUAUUCCACUGAGACCAGAGAAUUUCAGGAUCCUGCACCCGGAGAUUAUUCACAAGACGGGACAAGUUCUACAGAAAUAUGCUCUGAAACAGGGAAACAUGGUGCCAACACUUGGUGCUAGUGCGGUGGUGAUGGCUCUGCAGCUGUGCGACCAGGUGAGCCUGGCGGGGUUCGGGUACGACAUGCAGCACCCAGAGGCCAGGCUUCACUACUACGAGACCAUACGCAUGGACGCAAUGAAGGCUCAGGUGGUGCAUGACGUCAGCGCCGAGAAGCUCUUCCUAAGGGACCUGGUGGCAGCGGGAGCUGUGACCGACCUCACGGGAGCUCUGUGAGUCAGCGGUGCGGACGCUGAUAAAGUACUGAACUCUACAUGCACUCCUCCUUCUCGCUGUGAGCCUGUGUGCGGUCCUCCAUAACCGUGCCCUGCUGGAAGAAUCCUACACAGCGUGGACUGACCUUUAGUGGGCUCACAGUCUCCAGGGUUGACUGACAAGUGAGCAAAUUAAAGGUUAGACAAGCUCAUGAUCGGCGAGAAACUAUAACCUCAACAUAUCUUGGUUAAAUUCAAUGAAUUUAUCACAUCAUCAGCUAUUACGAUUGUAGUAAUUGUCAUGUGGAUGAAUAAUUAUGCCAUCACACGUGGGAACACGCUCAGCGAUUCACUGGGUUUUUGUGAAAUUAAUGCAAAAUGGUGCUUUUUCAAUUCUGUUUACAAUGACUCAAUAAACACAUUAAUGU